AUGUUGACAAGAAGCUGCACCAAUCCUCCACCAGCCAACGGUGGAAAAAACUGCGAUGAAUUGGGACCAGCAAAUAUGACAGAUUCUUGUAAUGAACAAGAGUGCCGUAAGUGUUUUACUGUUUGCUUUGUUUCACUCCCGAAAUGCAAAUAAGAUGGUUAAUAUUGUUUUAGAACAAAGUCUGGCAAGAAUCAAAAAUCAUAUUUUCCUUAUCGCGCAGUCUUGGGAUGUAAAGCCAAAAUUAAUGCCUUAUCUCUCAUGAUUUUCGGCACAAUUUUGAAAACGAUCAAGGUUUUUGCUUUUUGUUAGCGCUUAUCAUUACCAGCAUAUUAUCGAUAUAUUUUUAGUUUUUUUGUUAUUGUCAAGCUCUGUCCAUGGUUCAGUCUAUUCAGUCCUAUACCAGAGCUGCGUUGUUAUCCGUCUUGUACUGAGCAUAUCGACCGUUGAGUCGUUCUAUCACCGGUUCCUGCUUUCACGGGAAACAAGAUUAUGCCAGGCACCUUGCAGAUAGGAGAGAAAUAACAGCCACUUGAUAGGCGGGCCAUCCAGAUCCCGAUUAAACUGUUAAAAAUCCGAGCCUGAAACAAAACAAAGGCAAAUACAAGACUAGGGGCCUGAGAUUAAAAAUGCCAUUAUUAGAUGAUUGCAUACAGUUAAGCAAGACGUUGUCAGACUGGGCGUUCUUGUAUCAGGCGUAUGUUAAGUUUUCAUGCGUGUCCGGGUUGUGUGAGUUGUGCAGUAGUGUUGGUUGAGAUAUCUGAAGUGGAAGACAGGAAGACGGGAAGACGAGGACGCGGAAUUUCAAUUUACCACAAGUCGCUUCAAAGGAAAGACUCGCCUCAAAAUUUCUAACAUAAACUAGUUCGCCGAAAGCGCCACAAACGAAUACUAUCAAGAGGCGCAUUAACUUUGAACGCAAAAUCUCUCAAAAUCGCUUAUUAUAAUUAUUUCCAGGAAAACGACAAAAGUUAACCGUAGAUAAGGUAAUAAAACUUUUAUUUAGCAUUGAUCUAUGCACACAUUUAGCGAUAUGUUUCUAUAGAUAAAGCAAACUGUAAAUUAAGUGCAUGUGAGAGUAUAGAGAUCGUUCAGACUCUCAACUAUAGCCAAACCUGCCAAUUCCAAUUAUUUCCGAGAGAUUUAUGUCAAAAAAAAUCAGAAAAUAAUCACCCGGCAUCUAAGGAGGAAUUUCCGUAACCUUUCUCCAAAUUGAAAAUCACGAUUGUCUUAGCAAUUCCUUGUAGCAGUUUCUAAAGGACAAAAACGGGCACAAUUUUUAGAAGAUUUGGGCGUAAAAAACAUAUUGUUUUACAAUAAAUGGAGGCCAAAUGAAUUAUUUUUGUAAAAUCUGGAAGCCCAUUAGUCUAACAGUUCCUCGCAUCACUUGGCUGACAAUCCAUUUUGUAGCCACCAUGUUGUUUGUCAUACAUGUAUUUCAUGUAUAAGCUUAAUUUUAUUGUAGUUUUAUAAGAUGUAACUGAAUUACUAUGAAUUUAUUUAUGAUACCUAAAUUUUAUUUAUGAUUCAUUGUCAAAAAUGCUCAGUAGUAGUAGUAGUAGGAAUAGUAGAAGUAAUAGUGAAUUACAUUCCAUUUUUUGCAGCCCCUCCAUGCAUUGCCGGACUAGACAUUGGGAUUGUUUUAGAUAAAUCUAGAAGCAUCAAUAAGGAAAACUUAGAAAGAGUUAUCGAGUUCCUAGCAGACCUGGUAAGAAAGUUCAAUCCAGCACCGGACGGGGAUCACUUUGGGCUCAUCACAUUCGACAAGUUUACAAGAUUGGUGUUUAACUUCUCUGACUCUGAAUACUACAACUUGGACAGUCUUGAGAAAAAAAUAGAAAGCGAACCAACAGAAAAAGCCAAAGGUUAUGGAACUCGCACCGAUCUUGCUCUGAUAAUGGCGCGGGACGAGCUGUUUACUCAGGCGGGAGGAGACAGACAAAACAGCCCCAACGUAAUGUUACUCCUGACUGAUGGAAAGCCCUCUGGCUUGCCGGAAAAUCGCAAUUUUGCAGUAUUUUCUAAAAAUAUAGUGAAAGAUUUCAAGGUAAGUACUUGUUAUAUUUCCUUCUAUCAAGGACACCUUUCACCUUCGGUCAGUUUCGUGAAUCCCUGUUUAUAACAUAUUGUGGCACGUGUAGCUUAAAGUUUAGAGUUUGUUCCGGUUAAGUUAUAACAAGGAAAGCUAAUACCAUAUCACAUUCGUUUUAAAAUUUAAGUCACGUAACUGAAAACUAUAAUUGUGCUUAACUCACUGAACACUUCUUUGUGGUGCAGUGGAGGCUUUGGUUACCGAACAGUUAACACAUUGCACUUUAUAUCUAUAGGCCCGGGAGGGGCUCGGGUUCAUGCCUUGACAGCGUUUCAGCGAGGGACUGAGAGCGCAACUUACCGUCGUUCGCUGGAAAACGUCACUCUGCAAAAAGCGUGUUAAAGAGCAUGCAAACGGCUAUCUUGAAUGCAUGCCAAAUUAGGAUAAUUAAGUGCGUGGUGGAAUAAACUACAUGUGUAUUCAUUUCAUUCGUUCUAUGUAAGAUUAUCGUGUUCAGGUUCACGUGUAGAUUUAUUUAUUUACUUCUAGUAUAUAUUUACUUUGCUAUCCAUUGGUAACUAACAAUGGUGAAAGGAGUUUGCCACUACCCCUCGGUAUAACCUAAGAACUUAACAUCUGUAACCAACAGACAAGUAUCCAGAGAGAACGACAGAAAGAAAGAAAGAAACUAUUCCUUUUUCUUGUUAGCCAACUUAUGCAUUUUUUUCUUUAAAAAAAACCAAUCGCAGGAUACUGGCGAAAGGUGACAGUAAAUUUCAAUGACAAUACGUUACUAACUAUAACCGACACCAUUUUAGGUUUCGUGCAGCAUUGUUUAUUGCACUUUCACCUCUUUUCUUUUCUCCGUCCUGUGUUCAAUUUAGAAAAAGGAAGUUCACAUAGUAGCAGUUGGUAUUGGCCACGGAAUAAACACAAACACUCUUAAACUCAUAGCAGGAAAAAACGGAGCUGUGUUUAAUGUCGCCAGCUUCCAGAAACUGCAAGAAGAAAUUGACAAAAUCAAAUCAUCCGUUUGUUCAGGUACUUUGUCUUUUAAUUUUGGUGUCAAGGAAACAAGUUGUUUACAAUCUCGACUAUCUGUUCGGCUCAGUUUGUCCAGUUUCGACAGUCUUUUCUCUUUCUUCUCUUUACUUUGAUCGUCUUUGUGAUAUAAAUCAAAGGGGAUGUGGCUAAAAAUCAAAUAGGCUUUUACCAGGAUUUCUGAUAUGCACUCACAGUCUACCUGGUCCGCUUCUCUCAACAGUAUAUGACUUCUUUAUGUACUAGAACUGUUUUAAGAAUAGGACCAAAGUCGAAAGAUCUGACACAUGCGCAAUUUUACAAAAUGUACCUUGGGAAAAAGCACUAGGGAUAAGCCGGCUUUGAAAUUUUACCUUAAUCUGAUGACUAUCUUAAAAUUACAGAAAUAAUAAAUUAAUGAAAAAAAAUAAGCUCACAGAGAUCUCUGAUUUGUUUAUAUAACGCCUAUCUUCUGUCUUGGGGUGGAUUUCUACUGUCGCGUAAAUUUCGCGUGCGUACGGACGUAAAAUUUACGUGCGUAAGCUUUGAAAUAGGGCCAGUGUAUAAUAAGCCACGGUCAACUUCAACUUUUACGCGCAACGCUUCAUACAUUGCCUCUAUUUUAUUUACGCGUGUAACAUUUCCGUGUGUACAAUUUCGUUCUAGCUUCCUCCCAUCAGCUCGAGCGGAAACGCUUGCUACGUCGGCUAACAUCUGUAUGCAUUUCUAUAAUUUGCAGAUUAAGACGCCACUGCAGGCUACCGGGACGUCGUUAACCAAAACGUGGCCUGAUUUGAUCCGAAGGAUUCGGUUUACAUACAAUUCAGAAAGCCGUAGUUUGGUUGUUGUUUAGUUCAGGAAGUUAAUUUCCAAUGUGGGUAGUUCAUAGUAUCUUUUUGCGAUUUUCUUCAUCUGAUUUACUGAGGAUGGAUUUCCACUGUCGCACAUUUCUUACCUGGGUAAAUGAAAUAGAGACAAAAUGUAUUGAAGGUCGCGCGUAAACGUUAAAGUUGAAAUUCCCUCAACUUUCACGUUUACGACACUUCAGACAUGUCCAUUUUAUUUACCCGCGUAAACGUUACUUGCGUACGCAUAUAAGCUCAUAUAAAGCUUAAGCGACACUGGAAAUCCACCCUUACAAUGGUUACCCACGCAAACUGUUACUGUUUGGGUUUUGCUGUCUGAACAUUUAUAGAAACGAAUUAGGAUACCGAUAUUGGCAAUUUAUAAAAACUGUGUGGUGAUAUUCCCGUAUUCAAUCCGUAUUUAGUCUCUAAACGUCAAAUUACCACAUUGUUUGAUUGAGUUUCAUGUGAUGCUCCUUUUAUGUUUUUAUCUUGGGCUGUCAGUUUGUAGUGUUAGACUGGUUUAAAACUUUAUCUACAAUAGGAAGGUGGUUUUUUCACUCUUAUCACUGUGAUUAGUAAAAUAGUAAUAAUUAUCAUGAUAAUUAAACAUUUUACUUGUCCUACAUAAAAUACUGUCUUAUGUUGUUCACUCAAGUCUUUCUGAUCCAUCAGGAUAUUUCCCGCAAACUUAGUGUGAGGAAAAAUUUCCAAGGCACAAGAAUCAGUGUGAAUAUCCCAUUUUCCCGUCCCCGAACCCAAACGUUCUGACAAGUUUUUAACAGGAGCCAGAAACGGGGUAGGAGACCACAAGCUCGGGGUCUACGCGGUCCCAUCGAAAUAGCCAAAUGUGCUAUUUUUAGAUCAAACUGCGCCACCCUCAACGUCCCAAUCUCGCGAGGGGAACCCCACGAAUUUGUUCGUUCUAUCGUGUGGAAUUUCAGGAGAUGGGCGAUUGUUUUUCAACUUUAUUUGGGUGCUCUCUGAGCUUCUCUGAACCUUCCAUUUGCUUCAUAUCUCAAUAGGCAAUGCAUGCACAGUGUAAGAAUGAGCCAAUAUUAUAUAAACAUUACUAGAAAUACGCGUUUAUCGCAAAAAUGUCGCGAAGCUGAUAAAGAGAAACCAGCCCUGAGGAAAAUACAGUAUGACUAAAAACAAAAAAACAAAACAAAACGAAACGAAGCAAAUUUAUACAAAAAAGUAAAAAACAGCUUAGCAGAGAGUCGAACCUGAACCAUCUGCUCGGAAGGUUGGCACCUAGACCACGUUGCCACGUUACCAAAGCGUUUAGUGGGAAAAUUAUUAUUACAAUAUUGAAAGUAAUUUUUUCUGUGAAAUUCAAAUGGUAAACACUGUUUGAAACUGGUAGAGCUGUAUUUAUCAUAAAUUCAAAGAUAUAGUUGAGGAAUAUUAACCAUAAUUAUUAUUUGUUGUUGUUUUUAACUUUCCUCCCUCCUUUUUGCCUCAAGUUUUUUUUCCAGUCCAAACGAGAUAUUCAUCGAACGACAUCUCAUCGUCACUGGAUUUGCCAAAAACCCUCGCACUACGGUGAUUAACAUAAGCAGAAUCAGAAUCAGAGCCCUCAUAUUUAGAGUUAUUGUCAAAUAGGUUCUCCCAAAGGUCUUCCCUCAAAUUCAGAGGAGGCAAUGAUGACAGAAAUGGAAUUUAUUCAUCUCGAUCUAACGCACUUUGGUUGUCUAUGCGCGCGUGUCUUAUUGGCGAUUUCAAUGGAACCAACCCUAUAACUUGAAAAGGUAUCCAGUUACGGUCUCUUUCCUCGAUUAUGGCUCCUGGUUUUAAGUAAUAGGGACAGUAGAGGAAACCAGCGCUCUUAACAAUUUCUCAAGGAUGAUAUAUCCAUAAACUGACCAACAACUAACAUCUUAACGAAAUGUAUGUAUCGGCAAUACGUGCAUCUAGCUUAGUCACUCAAGACAUAAGGCAAAACAUGUGGAUGUCUCUCUGUUGUGUUCUGAUACAGUCGAAACUCCAUGUGCAGCGACCACGUCAUCUUAAGCGACAACCUCCCAUAAGCGAUCACCUAUCCAAAAAUUCAAAAUUUUCCUAGGCAAAUCACUACAAUUUGCACAUGUCAUAAACAACCAGCUCACCAUAUAUGGUCAUGAUGAGAGGUCAUCUAAAAAUAUGAUUGGCUAAGCGAGUACCAAGUGUCCAAUGACGUAAUAUAAGCCAAGUCACAAAACAGAAAACGGUCAAACCGGAAAUGUGUCACCCAACAUCGGUUGCCCUGGGUACAAGCGGGGACGUUGGACCUUCAUUCCCCGGUGUCUAAGGCGUUGAGUUGUUCAACAACGCGUUGUAAAAACACUUGCGUGUUAGUGUCGUCCAUGGUGAUCCCGUGUUGGAGACCGCUGCAGUGGAGGGUGGUUGGGACGUGUCCACUCGGCAAUAGGACAGUAGAGGCGUUCAUCAUUUAUUAGGAAAAACUUAUAAAUUAGCCCAGAGUAGCACCACUCUCGAGUCACUGAAAUCAACACGCUCGACCAAAUUACUGGAAAAGUUAUUGACGUGAGCCGCAUACACGUUCCAUUGAAGGCUUUGAUAGGGUUAGUGCGAAGUUUGAAUUCAGAUGUGAACACUUUUAAACCAGUAAAUUCAAUGUAAUUCAUUUUGUCAACAAGUUGAUGAUUGGAUGCUGUUAAAAAUAACAGAGAAAAUUAUCCGAAGAAAUGUUUUUGAAGAAAGAAAAAGAAUCCCGGGUUAAGAACUAAUCCGCCUCUGAGAAACUGCGCCCUGUAACUCGCGCCAGUAAAACAAAAUGUUCCAUUUACAUGUCCGACGCUGGCCAAUGUCUCCUCCGAUUCAAAGCACUUGACACCGAACCAUACGAUAUCUUUUGAAAACGUCCUUAAAAUGAUACACAGCUUAAAUAGAGGUUCGCUGUACGCAACCUUACCUUCAAAAUAUGCCAUAAUCAUAUUUAUCUACAUCGCAACCACCCUUCCGCCUCAACAAACAUAUCGAACGCACUCUCCUAAGCUCGGAUUACUCCUAGUUUUAUUAUAUUUCCCUUUCGUAAACGGCCGUUGUCAUUUAACACAGUCGAUGCCACCAUGGGGACCCAAGCCUUAGUCAUGAUAGAUGUAUUAUUAUAUACACUUGUAUUCCCUGGAUCAAGUUACAAAAAGGCAAAUACGUUUUUGAAUAGUUUUAGAAAUAACGACGUUGCAGCCCAAGUUUAAUAGAGAGGAGAAGUUGUACGUCACGUUGCCAUGGUAGCAAAAUUUCUGGAUGACAACAAAUCAAAACCUCACUUAAAAAGUGGAGUCGCACUGUUUCAAACUUCAUCGAUCUUAUUUAAUUUCAUUUAAUUUGUCAAAUUUUGGAGAAAUUUUCUGGAUUGAAUCUGAAAAGACCGUAUCUAAGUUAAGAAAAAAGAAAAGAAAAUUUUUGUGUUGUGUUCACCCACUCGACCUUGAAGAGGGCGGUGAAAUUAAGAAGUUUCAUGUCGCAGUCGUGCAACAACGGCGAAGAAAUCAUGUACAAAAAAGCGUGAUGCACGUGCAAGUUGUUCUUUUACCAAUCUAAACUUACUGCUUUUUUGCUGUUGCAGAGCUCCCUAUUGUUGUAAUCCAGAAACUUACCAUAGUAACGUGACGUCACACUUCUCUUCUCUAUUUUCGUUAAAAGUUGUCGAAAGGGUUAGGGUCACCUAUUAUGCAUGUCUAUUAUUGAUGUUUCGGUUUAGAAAGAUAGUUUGCUAGUUUAUCUACUUAAAUGUUUCGGACUUUUGGCGGGUUGGUGUGGUAGUCUAAUGGAAAGGAGAGAGAGAUUCGGUUACGAAAAAUCCGAGUUCGAACCUGGGUUGAGUGUCUUGAAAAUAGCAGCCUCCGUUGACGAGAGGGAAAUGGAGCCGAUGUCAUGCGCCUUUCAAUCACCCUCUUCCUCUCCUCAAAUCUUUGUAACCAGUUUAGUUUUGAUGUUUAUUUGCUUCACAUUGGUCCUUACUUCUAUCCAGAUAGAGGAUGUAAGCAUCGUUGUCGUUGGAAUACUCGGCAAACGGUGGGAGAACAAAGAAUACAGAAACAAGAUGAAAGAAAUGGCUGGUAAAAAGGGACAAGUGCUCAGAUAUCCGAAUUUUGACAUUCUGGCCAAACGCUUUAAUGAAGUAUUAGAUGCUUUAUCUCGUAAGUAUUUUUUUUUUUUUUUUAAAAGCAGAUUUCUCAAAGACAACGCUACGUCAAAUGAGAAAGAAAUAGUGCGCAGAAAGGACUGAGCCCGACUUCCGGUGCUGAAUUUGUUCCUCUGCGAUUGGUCAAAUCGGUUUUUAGACCUGCGAACAACGUGGUCACUUUCGUCGCGUUAUGUUCUCACAAGCGAGCAAGAUGAAGCAAAAUCUGUGUUCUUUUAGGCCACCCGAGCAGGCAACAUAGCCUUUCUUGUCCGUUCGAGGAUUCUGGCUCUGUUCCCGCGAAAAAAGUUAUCGCACAGAGCAUCGAAUCGAAUACUCCAAAUAAUCCUCGUAGCAGCAUAUAACCUACUAACGUAGACAUACGUUUUAAACAGAGUGCUUUUAAUAUUUUGCGUGUUUUUCAGCGGUGAAUGGAGGUUACACCAACUGGACGAUUUCUGAAUGCAGUGUGUCGUGUGGAGGAGGUGUAAAAAUGUUGACAAGAAGCUGCACCAAUCCUCCACCAGCCAACGGUGGAAAAAACUGCGAUGAAUUGGGACCAGCAAAUAUGACAGAUUCUUGUAAUGAACAAGAGUGCCGUAAGUGUUUUACUGUUUGCUUUGUUUCACUCCCGAAAUGCAAAUAAGAUGGUUAAUAUUGUUUUAGAACAAAGUCUGGCAAGAAUCAAAAAUCAUAUUUUCCUUAUCGCGCAGUCUUGGGAUGUAAAGCCAAAAUUAAUGCCUUAUCUCUCAUGAUUUUCGGCACAAUUUUGAAAACGAUCAAGGUUUUUGCUUUUUGUUAGCGCUUAUCAUUACCAGCAUAUUAUCGAUAUAUUUUUAGUUUUUUUGUUAUUGUCAAGCUCUGUCCAUGGUUCAGUCUAUUCAGUCCUAUACCAGAGCUGCGUUGUUAUCCGUCUUGUACUGAGCAUAUCGACCGUUGAGUCGUUCUAUCACCGGUUCCUGCUUUCACGGGAAACAAGAUUAUGUCAGGCACCUUGCAGAUAGGAGAGAAAGAACAGCCACUUGAUAGGCGGGCCAUCCAGAUCCCGAUUAAACUGUUAAAAAUCCGAGCCUGAAGCAAAACAAAGGCAAAUACAAGACUAGGGGCCUGAGAUUAAAAAUGCCAUUAUUACAUGAUUGCAUAUAGUUAAGCAAGACGUUGUCAGACUGGGCGUUCUUGUAUCAGGCGUAUUUUAAGUUUUCAUGCGUGUCCGGGUUGUGUGAGUUGUGCAGUAGUGUUGGUUGAGAUAUCUGAAGUGGAAGACAGGAAGACGGGAAGACGAGGACGCGGAAUUUCAAUUUACCACAAGUCGCUUCAAAGGAAAGACUCGCCUCAAAAUUUCUAACAUAAACUAGUUCGCCGAAAGCGCCACAAACGAAUACUAUCAAGAGGCGCAUUAACUUUGAACGCAAAAUCCCUCAAAAUCGCUUAUUAUAAUUAUUUCCAGGAAAACGACAAAAGUUAAUCGUAGAUAAGGUAAUAAAACUUUUAUUUAGCAUUGAUCUAUGCACACAUUUAGCGAUAUGUUUCUAUAGAUAAAGCAAACUGUAAAUUAAGUGCAUGUGAGAAAGGAUAAAAACGAGCACAAUAUUUAGAAGAUUUGGGCGUAAAAAAUAAAUUGUUUUACAAUAAAUGGAGGCCAAAUAAAUUAUUUUUGUAAAAUCUGGAAGCCCAUUAGCCUCACAUUUCCACGCAACACUUUUUGGCUGACAAUCCAUUUUGCAGCCACCAUGUUGUUUGUCAUUCAUGUAUUUCAUGUAUAAACUUAAUGUUAUUGUAGUUUUAUAAGAUGUAACUGAAUUACUAUGAAUUUAUGAUUAAUUGACAAGAAUGCUCAGUAGUAGUAGUAGGAGUAGUAGAAGUAGUAGUGAAUUACAUUCCAUUUUUUGCAGCACCUCCAUGCAUUGCCGGACUAGACAUUGGGAUCGUUUUAGAUAAGUCUCAAAGCAUUGAUAAGAAAAACUUAGAAAGAGUUAUCGAAUUCCUAGCAGACCUGGUAAGAAAGUUCAAUCCGGCACCGGACGAGGAUCACUUUGGUCUCAUCACAUUCGACAAGUUUGCAAGAUUGGUGUUUAACUUCUCUGACUCUGAAUACUACAACUUGGACAGUCUUGAAAGAAAAAUAGAAAGCGAACCAACAGAAAAAGCCGAAUAUGUUGGAACUCGCACCGAUCGUGCUCUAAUAAUGGCGCGGGACCAGCUGUUUACUGAGGCGGGAGGAGACAGACAAAACAGCCCCAACGUAAUGUUAGUCCUGACUGAUGGAAAGCCCUAUGGCUUGCCGGAAAAUCGCAAUUUUGCAGUAUUUUCUAAAAAUAUAGUGAAAGAUUUCAAGGUAAGUACUUGUUAUAUUUCCUUCUAUCAAGGACACCUUUCACCCGCGGUCAGUUUCGUGAAUCCCUGUUUAUAACAUAUUGUGGCAUGUGUAGCUUAAAGUUUAGAGUUUGUUCCGGUUAAGUUAUAACAAGGAAAGCUAAUACCAUAUCACAUUCGUUUUAAAAUUUAAGUCACGUAACUGAAAACUAUAAUUGUGCUUAACUCACUGGAACACUCCUUUGUGGUGCAGUGGAGUCUUUGGUUACCGAACAGUUAACACAUUGCACUUUAUAUCUAUAGGCCCGGGAGGGGCUCGGGUUCAUGCCUUGACAGCGUUUCAGCGAGACUGAGAGAGCAACUUACCAUUGUUCGCUGGAAAACGUCGCUCUGCAAAAAGCGUGUUAAAGAGCAUGCAAACGGCUAUCUUGAGUGCAUGCCAAAUUAGGAUAAUUAAGUGCGUGGUGGAAUAAACUACAUGUGUAUUCAUUUCAUUCGUUCUAUGUAAGAUUAUCGUGUUCAGGUUCACGUGUAGAUUUAUUUAUUUACUUCUAGUAUAUAUUUACUUUGCUAUCCAUUGGUAACUAACAAUGGUGAAAGGAGUUUGGCACUACCCCUCGGUAUAACCUAAGAACUUAACAUCUGUAACCAACAGACAAGUAUCCAGAGAGAACGACAGAAAGAAAGAAAGAAACUUUUCCUUUUUCUUGUUAGCCAACUUAUGCAUUUUUUUUAUUUAAACAAAACCAAUCGCGGGAUACUGGCGAAAGGUGACAGUAAAUUUCAAUGACAAUACGUUACUAACUAUAACCGACACCAUUUUAGGUUUCGUGCAGCAUUGUUUAUUGCACUUUCACCUCUUUUCUUUUCUCGGUCUUGUGUUCAAUUUAGGAAAAGGAAGUUCACAUAGUAGCAGUUGGUAUUGGCCACGGAAUAAACACAAACACUCUUAAACUCAUAGCAGGAAAAAACGGAGCUGUGUUUAAUGUCGCCAGCUUCCAGAAACUGCAAGAAGAAAUUGACAGAAUCAAAUCAUCUGUUUGUUCAGGUACUUUGUCUUUUAAUUUUGGUGUCAAGGAAACAAGUUGUUUACAAUCUCGACUAUCUGUUCGGCUCAGUUUGUCCAGUUUCGACAGUCUUUUCUCUUUCUUCUCUUUACUUUGAUCGUCUUUGUGAUAUAAAUCAAAGGGGAUGUGGCUAAAAAUCAAAUAGGCUUUUACCAGGAUUUCUGAUACGCACUCACAUUCUACCUGAUCCGCUUCUCUCAACAGUAUAUGACUUCUUUACAUACUAGUACUGUUUUAAGAAUAGGACCAAAGUCGAAAGAUCUGACACAUGCGCAAUUUUACAAAAUGUACCUAGGGAAAAAGCAUUAGGGAUAAGCCGGCUUUGAAAUUCUACUAGAAUCUGAUGACUAUCUUAAAAUUAAAGAAAUAAUAAAUUAAUAAAAAAAAUAAGCUCACAGAGAUCUCUGAUUUGUUUAUAUAACGCCUAUCUUCUGUCUUGUCUUGGGGUGGAUUUCUACUGUCGCGUAAAUUUCGCGUGCGUACGGACGUAAAAUGUACGUGCGUAAGCUUUGAAAUAGGGCCAGUGUAUGAUAAGCCACGGUCAACUUCAACUUUUACGCGCAACACUUCAUACAUUGCCUCUAUUUUAUUUACGCGUGUAACAUUUCCGUGUGUACAAUUUCCUUCUAGCUUCCUCCCAUCAGCUCGAGCGGAAACGCUUGCUACGUCGGCUAACAUCUAGAUGCAUUUCUAUAAUUUGCAGAUUAAGACGCCACUGCAGGCUACCGGGACGUCGUUAACCAAAACGUGGCCUGAUUUGUGGAAGAUCCGAAGGACUUGGUUUAUAUACAAUUCAGAAAGCCGUAGUUUGGUUGUUGUUUAGUUCAGGAAGUUAAUUUCCAAUGUGGGUAGUUCAUAGUAUCUUGCUGCGAUUUUCUUCAUCUGAUUUACUGAGGAUGGAUUUCCACUGUCGCACAUUUCUUACCUGGGUAAAUGAAAUAGCGACAAAAUGUAUUGAAGGUCGCGCGUAAACGUUAAAGAUGAAACUCCCUCAACUUUCACGUUUACGACACUUCAUACAUUUCCAUUUUAUUUACCCGCGUAAACGUUACUUGCGUACGCAUAUAAAGCUUAAGCGACACUGGAAAUCCACCCUUACAAUGGUUACCCACGCAAACUGUUACUGUUUGGGUUUUGGUGUCUGGACAUUUAUAGAAACGAAUGAGGAUACCGGUAUUGGCAAUGUAUAAAAACUGAGUGGUGAUAUUCCCGUAUUCAAUCCGUAUUUAGUCUCUAAACGUCAAAUUACCACACUGAUUGAUUGAGUUUCAUGUGAUGCUCCUUUUAUGUUUUUAUCUUGGGCUGUCAGUUUGUAGUGUUAGAUUGGUUUAAAACUUUAUCUACAAUAGGACAGUGGUUUUUUCACUCUUAUUACUGUGAUUAGUAAAAUAAUAAUAAUAAUGAUAAUGAUAAUUAAACAUUUUACUUGUCCUACAUAAAAUACGCUCUUAUGUUGUUCACUCAAGUCUUUCUGAUCCAUCAGGAUAUUUCCCGCAAACUUAGUGUGAGGAAAUAUAUCCCAUUUUCCCGUCCCCGAACCCAAACGUUCUGACAAGGUUUUAACAGGAGCCAGAAACGGGGUAGGAGACCGCAAGCUCGGGGUCUACGCGGUCCCAUCGAAAUAGCCAAAUGUGCUAUUUUUAGUUCAAACUGCGCCACCCUCAACGUCCCAAUCUCGCGAGGGGAACCCCACGAAUUUGUUCGGCUAUCGUGUGGAAUUUCAGGAGAUGGGCGAUUGUUUUUCAACUUUAUUUGGGUGCUCUCUGAGCUUCUCUGAACAGUCCAUUUGCUUCAUAUCUCAAUAGGCAAUGCAUGCACAGUGUAAGAAUGAGCCAAUAUUAUAUAAACAUUACUAGAAAUACGCGUUUAUCGCAAAAAUGUCGCGAAGCUAAUAAAGAGAAACCAGCCCUGAGGAAAAUACAGUAUGAUUAAAAACAAAACGAAACAAAAAGAAACGAAACGAAACGAAGCAAAUUUAUACAACAAAGUAGAAAACAGCUUAGCAGAGAGUCGAACCUGAACCAUCUGCUAGGAAGGUUGGCACCUAGACCACGUUGCCACGUUACCAAAGCGUUAAGUGGGAAAAUUGUUAUUAAUCCAUAAACUGACCAACAACUAAACGAAACAAAUGUAUGUAUCGGCAAUAAUUUGUUGCAUCUAGCUUUUUUUCCAGUCAACUAUUCAGACAUAAGGCAAAACAUGUGGAUGUCUCAAGACAAGUUUCUUAUGAACAAUGCAAAAAAUGAUCUUGAUUGUCUUUCUUUGUCGGCACCCGUCAACAAGUCAGUGUUGUGUCAGUGUCAGUGUCAGUGUCUUGGACGCUUUAUCAUUGCCCCACAACCUCUCGUUCUAACCUACAGAUGGGUGACUACAAUGCGAAGACAAGCUCUGUUGUGUUCUGAUACAGUCGAAACUCCAUGUGCAGCGACCACGUCAUCUUAAGCGACAACCUCCCAUAAGCGAUCACCUAUCCAAAAAUUCAAAAUUUCCCUAGGCAAAUCACUACAAUUUGCACCUCUCGUAAACAACCAGAUCACCAUAUAUGGUCAUGAUCAGAGAGGUCAUCUAAAAAUAUGAUUGGCUAAGCGAGUACCAAGUGUCCAAUGACGUAAUAUAAGCCAAGUCACACAACAGAAAACGGUCAAACCGGAAAUGUGUCACCCAACAUCGGUUGCCCUGGGUACAAGCGGGGACGUUGGACCUUCAUUCCCCGGUGUCUAAGGCGUUGCGUUGCUCAACAACGCGUUGUAAAAGCACUUGCGUGUUAGUGUCGUCCAUGGUGAUCCCGUGUUGGAGACCGCUGCAGUGGAGGGUGGUUGGGACGUGUCCACUCGGCAAUAGGACAGUAGAGGCGUUCAUCGAGUUCGGUCAUGACAGCCCAUGGGUGGGCGUGUAGCAGCUUGAUGACCAUGUGACAAAUGUCGACAACAACAACAACAAUCUUUAUUGUGCUCUUGAUACAAAACGUGUUAAGACAUAAGAAGGAAAUUAUUGUGAAAAAAAGCGAGCACAGCCACUCAGAAAUAGGAAGAGCUAAUCUCACUGCGUGGCUGGGCCAUGCGGAAAAAAAGUAGCUUAAGAUAUCAAAGUUGUUAUAAAUAAACAAAUGCACACAAAGACACACAAAGAAGAAAUAUAUAAGCUGUAAUAAAUAAACAAAUACACAAACAGAUAAACAAAGAAACAAGACAAAACAACUGCUGUGCACACAAUUAGCUGCAUGUAAUGUACACCAAUCAAUAUUUGGAGAUGACGAUUGCAGACUGCGCUGCAGGGCGGGAGAAAACAGCCAACCUAGAGGGAAUACAUGAUUCUGCAUUCAUUAUCCUCUCUGUAGGCAUGCUGGUCUUGGAAGCAACAACAAUUCGGCUCUGUGACAUGAACUGUUACCCCAUACCCCCCAUGGGUACAUCCCUCGUGAAAACACAACAAGUGGUCCAGCCCGUCCCAUCCUCCAUGUACUUGUGA